AUGCCUGAUUGUCAUCAUUUCCUCCUUAACUCAUCCGCCGUGAACGACUUCGACUUAAUUCUAUUACAGGAACCGUGUAUCAACAAGUAUGGUCUCACCCGCGCUCCGUCAAGCCACUACGUGUCGUACCCACAUCCCCAUGCCUCGGACCGGUCCAAAGCUGCCCGUGCAGUCACCUUCAUCAGCAAGGCGGUCGACACCAACUCUUGGGAAACACUACCUUUCCCCAGUCUCGACGUCUCGGCAAUACUGCUGAAAGGCGACUUCGGACGCCUGACGAUCUUCAACAUAUACAACGACUGCAACCAUUCUGAGACGCUCCAUCUUAUACGCUCGUUUAUACAUGACCACGCUGAUUACAUCCUACCAGAUGAGCGAUCGUACUUAUUAUGGGCGGGCGACUUUAACCGCCACCAUCCGGAUUGGGACGACUUGGCCAGCCACCACCUCUUCACGCCUGGCAACACACGCGAUGCUGAGAUCCUUCUAACACUCGCAUCGGACCACGACAUGGAGAUGGCUCUUCCACCGGCGAUCCCCACCCUUCAACUGGGCAGCACAGGACGAUGGUCACGCCCAGACAACGUGUGGAUAUCCUCCGCAUUGCGAGAUGCAGUAACGCUGUGCGACACGGAUCCAUCCAACCGCGGUUUCUCCGACCACCUCCCCAUCUAUACCAUCAUCGACAUACCAAUCGACACUUACGAACCACCACCCACACGCAACGCUCGCCUAGCCGACUGGGACAAUAUCCGAACGUAUGUGAAAGAGCGGCUGGAACAGGAGGAGCUCCCGGGAGAGAUUGGCUCGCAGGAAGAGUUCACCGCGUUUGUUGACAUGAUAACGCGUGUACUUCAGGGAGCGUGCGAAGCGCACAUCCCGUUGGCGAAGGCGCGCUCCCACAUCAAGAACUGGUGGACGGCCGAGCUCAAGGCGCUCAACCUGAAGACGCGGAAGAUCUGCCGCGAAUCGCACAAGUGGCGUGGCAUACGCGAACACCCAUCGCACGCGGCGCGCAAGGCCGCCGAGCGCGAGUAUCGCCGGGCAAUAUACAUGGCAAAGAAAACCAACUGGGAGGAGUGGCUGGAAGAAGUGGGAGAGGACGACAUAUGGACGGCGAACAAGUUCGCAAAGGCCGAAGCGACGGAUGGAGGUGCAGCGUCGAUCCCGACGCUGAAACGCACGGUCGCGCCGGGUGUUGAAGAAGCAGCGGCGACAAACGAGGACAAGAGUGCCUUCCUCGCGGCGACGUUCUUCCCGGCACCCCCAGCGGAUGCGGCGGUCCCACCGGAUACGGUAUACCCGCAGCCGCUCACUGCAGAUGCGACGAUCUCUGAAUCAACGGUCUUACGUCACCUGGCGCGUUUGAGCCCAUACAAAGCGCCCGGACCGGAUGGAAUCCAGAACAUCGUACUAACGAAGUGUGCAGACAUUAUCGCGCCAUGGCUGGUAGCCGUGUACAAUGCCGUUCUGCGCCAUGGCUACUACUACGCGGGUUGGAAGGAGUUUACGACGGUCGUCCUGCGAAAACCGGACAAGCCGAACUACGCCGUCUCGAAAGCGUAUCGGCCCAUAGCGCUCUUGUGCACGAUGGCUAAGGUUCUGACAGCUAUCGUCACCGAGCAGCUGACGUACCUUAGUGAACAACACGGACUUCUCCCGCCAGCGCAAUUCGGCGGGCGACCGGGCCGCACCACCACCGACUCGAUGCAUGUCCUCAACGACAUCAUCACAUCGGCGUGGGCCAAGGGAAAAGUAGCAUCGGUGCUAUUCCUCGAUAUCGAGGGUGCAUUCCCUAACGCGGUACCGGAGGUCCUGAUCCAUGACCUCAAGAUGCGCAGGGUCCCGUCGUACAUCGUCAACUUCGUGCAGCUCCUCCUUGAAGGACGCAGCACUCAAUUGAAGUUCGACGGAUACGAGUCCAUGGCCUUCCCAGUACUCAAUGGCAUCCCCCAGGGCGACCCUAUGUCCCUGAUCCUCUACCUCUUCUACGGUGCUGACCUCCUACGUGUACCUAGGGGAUCUAAGGAGCGGGUAGCCGGGUUUGUGGACGACUCCGCACUAGUCGCCGUUGGCGACACCUUCGACGAGACGCACGCGAUACUCCAGGACAUGUACGAGCGUAGAGGGGGUGCCCGGGAGUGGGCGGCUAAGCAUUUCUCACGAUUUGAAACCUCUAAGUUUAAGCUUAUGGACUUCUCCAGACUGCCGAUGCGUCGUCCCGAACUGCAGCUCGGCGAUGUCACCAUCCAACCCAUACACACACAUCGCUUCCUCGGAGUUAUAUGGGACGACCAGCUCAAGUGGACGGACCAGACCAACAGUGCUGUGGCGAAAGGGCGCAAAUACGUACUCGCGAUCCGCCGGCUCGCACGCAUCAAGCGCGGAUUGCGACCGAAGUUCGUACGCCGUCUCUAUAUUAGCGUGGCUAUCCCCAAGAUGCUGUAUGCUGUGGACAUAUGGUGCCUACCAAUUCCAAAGGACAUACCGUGUGCUCGGCCGACCAUGGCAGCACGUCGGGGCUCCCUCGGCGCCAUACGUCGUCUCUCAGCAAUACAGCGCAUAGCUGCACUAACAAUAACAGGCGGUCUACGAUCAUCACCCAAUGACGUACUCGACAUACACGCCAACCUCCUCCCAAUGCGUUUGCUUGUCGCUAAGCACUGUUUCCGCGCUCUGACGAGGAUCUCCGCACUUCCCGAGACUCACCCACUUUUUCCCAUAGCUGAGUCUAGUGCUGCGACAUUCCCGAGCAAGUACCGGAGCCCACUGCAGUACCUCUACCACUUCUUCCCGGAAGUCACCCCUCAUCGAGUCGAAGACAUUAUCCCGAUGCGCCACGACCCCGCCCGUACUGACCUCGCCUUCACGACGUUCAUUGCAGAGUCGCGCGAAGAAUCACAGACCGACAACAACACAUUGGAAUCCGUUAUCCGGACGAACCACCACCACCACCAAAAUUCCCACGGUAAAGGAGCAAGCUACGAACGCCGGAGAAGGAGGAACCGCAGAGGACGGCGACGUGAGGGGUGGAAAAAGGGAAAAGGCACAUAG